ACGCUUUUCAGCAACUGAGGCCUAUGCUGGCCCUUUCAGCUCUUCAACGCUGAGACCAGGGUUGAGUGUUCCUGGAGGAACGGGGUAUUCUGGAGCGCGUCUGCUGAAGGAGUCACAGGACACUGAGUCUGAUAACAGAGAAACAGCAGCAGUCAGCAAGAAGAAAGAGUGUGAAGGCGGCGAACCACUGCUGGAGGAGUGAAGCAUGACCAAAAGAACAGUGGAUCGGAGGAGAAUCAGAGAGCAGAGGAGCGUGCUUUUGUGUGAAAACGAGAGAAGGAGAAUUGAAGUUGGAUGGUGAUCUUCUCUCCUUGUUGACAGACAAGAUAUCGUAAUCCAUCACGUGCCUGGUGGGUGGAUGAGAUCACCGACCGUGGACGAUCUUCAAUGUUCAAACCUCCUGAGCCCGGCGGGUGGGGAGGGGGGGAAGAUUAGUGGAAAUGGCUUGAUGGCGAUCGCCUCCCGGCAGCGGAUCCACUGAUCAUGCAUAGAUUUCGAGUCCUGCGAGCCGUGAGAAGAACCAGUGCAUCCCGUCUUGCGCAAUGGUCAAUCCCAUGGUUACUCUACCCGGUAAAGAGUGCCGGGUACUCCAUACGCAGUAUAUACAUGCAAAUGGUUGCCUUGUCUUGCAACAUGCCUGGGGAUCCGUCCCAUCUCACCUCCAACCCCCGCGCUGACGCUCAGUUGCUCUCAGCCCUAAAGGCAGCAUUAAAUGCCUCGAAAACCCUCAGUUUGCUGGCCUGGGUACAAGGAGAGGCCAGAACCCCAAUCUGAAGCCCAUGGUUGAUUCUUACAGAGCUGCCACGUCAGGAUGAGUCUGCCACUUGUUUUUUUUUUCACGGCGAAGCAGGGACGAUAAUGGUUGCGCAUUGGUGACCUGCAAGCCGGCCCAUUGUGGCGCGACGGUAUUACUUUUUUUUUCCCUGCACUGUCCUUGAUGAUUGAUCGAUAUCUCGGUGCACUCUGGAAGGGGAUUGGAUAUAAUGCAAACAGACACAUCUGUAUGUAUGCGACUCGCCAUAUGACUACGCUUUGGCCCUACCA